AUGGAAAACUGCUGUUGGAGGAGACAAGGUCUGUAUUUCCUUCUCUUUUUCUCAUUCUCUAAAGUAAUGUGUACUUCAAUUUGUUUCUCUAUCCCUGAAGAAAAGCAAAAGGGGUUUCUGGUGGCUAAUGUCCUUAAAGAUUUGAAACUGAAAACAGGGGAACUCGCAACACGCAAAGCCCGUCUAGUUUCUGAUGGCACUCAGGAAUAUUUCCACCUUGACAUCCCUACCGGGAAUCUGUUGAUUCAUGAUAAAAUAGACAGAGAAGCUUUAUGUGGCCAGAAUGACCCUUGUUUACUUCUAUCUCAAAUUGUGCUGGAAAACCCCUUAGAUAUCUUUAAAAUUGAAAUCAAGAUAGAAGAUGUGAAUGACAAUGCUCCCAAAUUUUGGAAAAACGAAGUGGAGAUGGACAUUCCCGAGAAUGUUCCUAAAAGUACAACAUUCCGCUUGGAAUCCGCUCAAGAUGAGGACCUGGGAGAGAAUAGCAUUCGAAACUACACUCUCAGCCCCAAUGAGCAUUUUCAGCUUGAAGUACAUAAGCAGGAAGAUGGAAGUAAAAAUAUGUAUCUUGCUUUGAAAAAAACACUAGAUAGGGAGAAGAUGCCACAUCUUGGACUGAUUCUGAUGGCUAUUGAUGGAGGGAUACCGCAGAAAACAGGCACAAUGCAAAUUAAUAUCAGUGUUCUAGAUAUUAAUGAUAACUUUCCUCAAUUUAGUAAGUCUGAAUAUAAGGUAAAAAUAAAGGAAAACAUUAUUAAGGGAACUCUGGUGACUAAAGUGGAAGCUACAGAUCUUGAUUUUGGUUCAAAUGCACAGAUCCUCUAUUCACUUGAUCAAGUGUCUGAAAGAAUAAAUAAUUUGUUUCUUUUGAAUGAAAGUUCUGGAGAAAUCACCCUUUGGGGACAGAUUGAUUAUGAAAAAGAAAAAAGUUAUAGCAUGAGCAUCAAAGCAACAGAUAGUGGGGGGCUUUCCGGGCACUGCAAGAUACAUAUAGAAAUAGAAGACGUGAAUGACAACCCCCCAGAAGUGUCCAUCAUAUCUCUGACCAGCAUCUUAAAGGAGGAUUCUCCCCCAGACACAAUGGUGGCGCUCUUCAGUGUUAGAGAUCAAGACUCUGGAGACAACAGCAAAGCAGUCUGCUCCGUGGAGAUGAAUCUCCCAUUUGUGUUGAAAGCCACCACAAAUAACUUUUAUCAGCUUGUGCUGCAAAGUCCCCUAGACAGAGAGACCCUUGCUGAGUACAACAUCACCAUCACAGCCAUUGACUGGGGCUCUCCUAGGCUCACUUCAACAAGAAUGGUUAAUGUUCAGAUCUCCGACGUCAAUGACAACCCUCCGCUUUUUGAAAAAUCUUUGUAUGAUUUGCAAUUGCAAGAAAACAGCAUUCCAGGUCUGCUCAUUGGAUCAGUCCAUGCUGUGGAUGUGGACACAGAACAAAAUGCCAAAGUGACCUAUUCGCUCUUGCCUGGGAAGAUCAAGGAUGGGCCUGCAUCUUCUUACAUCUCCAUCAACUCUGAAACUGGGAACCUGUAUGCCAUUCGAUCUAUAGAUUAUGAGGACAUACAAGAUUUUCAGGUGAUGGUGAGGGCUGUAGAUAAAGGCUCACCUCCACUGAGCUCAGAAACAAUGGUCCAAGUUCAUAUCAUGGAUGAAAAUGACAACGCCCCCUUUAUCCUCUGCCCACUUCAGAACAGCACUUCUCCAUCAAAUGAUCUUGUUCCCAGGGGAGCAGAGACAGGCUACCUGGUCACCAAAGUGGUGGCAGUGGACAGAGAUUCAGGGCAGAAUUCUUGGCUUUCCUAUCAACUGCUGAAGGCCACAGACCCAAGUCUCUUUGCUGUGGGGACUCAGAAUGGGGAAGUGAAAACCGUGAGGCCAGUGAACAACCGAGAUAGUUUCAAACACACUCUUAUUGUGGCAGUUAGAGAUAACGGCCAUCCUCCUCAGUCUGCCUCUGCCACACUAAGAAUACUUCUAGUGGACGGCUUCUCUGAUCCUUAUAUGAAAAUCAUGGAUAAUCCUAAGGGUGAAGUCCCACAGGAGGGAGAUCACACCCUAACAAUGUAUUUAAUUAUCUGCUUGGUCACCAUCUCAUCCAUUUUUCUGCUUUCUGUCAUGGUGUUUAUUGCAACCAAGUUUCAGAAGCGAAGGAAGUUCAUAGGACGUUCUAACUCUGCAUCUAAUUUCCCUGUGGGUCCAAAUUUGCAAGAGAACUGUGUAGAUCGUAAUACUGGGACACCUUCCCAGGCCUACAGCUAUGAGGUGUGCUUAGCUGAUGGGUCUCUGAGCAGUGAGUUCAAGUUCCUUAGGCCUCUCUUUCCUGUUUUUACUAUGGAGCAGCCAAAAACACUGCUGAAUCCACAGAUUAGAAAUGAUUUCCAUGAUCUUCCUAAUCAAUUGGAGGAAAGGGAGCAGAUAUCUCAGGAAGAGACUGGAAUCAUGGAAAAUUACUUUUGGAAAAGACAAGGUCUGUAUUUCCUUCUUUUUUUCUCAUUUGUUAGAGUAAUGUGUACUUCAAUUCGCCUUUCUGUCCUUGAGGAAAAGAAAAAGGGUUUUCUGGUGGCUAAUGUGCUUAAAGAUUUGAAACUGAAAACAGAGGAGCUCACAACACGCAAAGCACGUCUAGUUUCUGAUGGCAUUCAGAAAUAUUUCCACCUUGACAUCCAUACUGGGAAUCUGUUGAUUCAUGAUAGACUAGACAGAGAAGCUUUAUGUGGCCAGAAUGACCCUUGUUUACUUCUAUCUCAAAUUGUGCUGGAAAACCCCUUAGAUAUCUUAAAUAUUGAAAUCAAAAUAGAAGAUGUAAAUGACAAUGCUCCCAAAUUUUGGAAAAACAAAGUGGUGGUGGACAUUCCUGAAAAUGUCCCUAAAAGUAUGAUAUUCCCCUUGGAAUUAGCUCAAGAUGAGGACCUGGGAGAGAAUAGCAUUCGAAACUAUACCCUCAGUCCCAAUGAGCAUUUUCAGCUUGAAGUACAUAAGCAGGAAGAUGGAAGUAAAAAUAUGUAUCUUAUUCUGAAAAAAACACUAGAUAGGGAGAAACUGCCAAACCUUGGACUGACUCUGAUGGCUAUUGAUGGAGGAGUGCCGCAGAAAACAGGCACAAUGCAAAUUAGUAUCAAUGUUCUAGAUAUUAAUGAUAACUUUCCUCAAUUUCGUAAGUCUGAAUAUAAGGUAAAAAUAAAAGAAAACAUUCCUAAGGGAACUCUGGUGAUUAAGGUGGAGGCCUUGGACCUUGAUUUUGGUUCAAAUGCACAGAUCCUCUACUCAUUCCAUCAAAUCCCUGAAAGAAUAAGCAAUUUGCUCUUUUUAAAUGAAAGGACUGGAGAAAUCACUGUUUGCGGACAGAUGGAUUAUGAAAAAGAAAAGAGUUACAGCAUAAACAUCAAAGCAACAGAUGGAGGGGGCCUUUCAGGUCACUGCAAAAUACUGAUAGAGAUUGAAGACGUGAAUGACAACGCCCCAGAAGUGUCCCUCAUAUCUCUAACCAGCAUCUUAAAGGAGGAUUCUCCCCCAGACACAAUGGUGGCCCUCUUCAGUGUAAGAGAUCAAGACUCUGGAGACAACAGCAGAACAGUCUGCUCCGUGGAGAUGAACCUCCCUUUUGUGCUGAAAGCCACCACAAAUAACUUUUAUCAGCUUGUGCUGCAAAGUCCCCUAGACAGACCCGCUGAGUACAACAUCACCAUCACAGCCAUUGACUGGGGCUCUCCUAGGCUCACUUCAACAAGAAUGGUUAAUGUUCAGAUCUCCGACGUCAAUGACAACCCUCCGCUUUUUGAAAAGUCUUUAUAUGACAUGCAGAUCCGUGAGAAUAAUAUUCCAGGCUUGCUCAUUGGCUCAGUCCAUGCUGUGGAUCUGGACACAAAGCUGAAUGCUAAAGUGAGUUACUCACUUUUGCCUGGGAAGGGUGGUGAUGGCCUUGUGCCCUCUUCCAUCUCAGUCAACUCUGAAACUGGAAAUGUGCAUGCCCUCCGAUCCCUGGACUAUGAGCAGAUAAGAGAGUUCAGAGUUACUGUGAGGGCAACCGAUGGUGGUUCUCCUUCCUUGAGCUCAGAGGUGGUUGUCCGAAUCGUCAUCAUAGAUGAAAAUGACAACGCUCCAUUCUUCCUGUAUCCCCUCCAGAACAGCACAUCCCCAUGCAAUGAGCUGGUUCCCAAGUUGGCAGAGGCCGGCUAUCUGGUCACCAAGGUGGUUGCAGUGGAUGGAGAUUCUGGUCAAAACUCUUGGCUUUCCUAUGAAUUGCUGAAGGCCACGGACCCUGGACUUUUCAGCAUAGGAGCGCAGAAUGGAAAAGUGAAAACCAGGAGAGCCCUGAACGAGCGAGACACAAACAAACAGAGGCUUGUUAUACUGGUCAGAGACAACGGUCUUCCUCCUCAGACCAGCACUGCAUUGCUUAAUAUUCUUCUUGUGGAUGGCUUUUCGGAUCCCUUCCUGAGGAGGGUGGAUGUCAGUGUGCAAGAACCAGAAGAUGAUAAAACGUUGACCAAGUAUUUGGUGAUCUGCUUGGCUGCAGUCUCCUCUGUGUUCCUGGUGUGCAUUGUUGUGUUUAUUGUGAUCAAAGCCCUCAAGAAGGAUCCUCAAAACAAUGAGCCUCCUCACUUCCCAGAUGCCAAUGUUGAUACCCCAGAGAUCUUUAUAUCUGUAUCAUUUGAUUUACACUUCAUGCACUAG